AUUGGUUUUUCAGAUACAGAGCAGAAAAAUUCACACAGAGACAGUCGGCAAUGGCUGUCCGCUUCAUUUCACCACCUUCUCUCCUCCGCUCUCAGAACCCCAAGUUAUUAUCACAUUCCUUCUCGAUCAAACCUCCCUCUCUCAGUUUCUCCGUCUCGCUUUCUGCCAAAUCCCACAAAAGUCUCAGGCUUUCCUCUCUGGUUUCUUUCGCCAGCUCCCAACCUGACCCGAUUCCGGACCCGGAUGAGGAUUCGAAUGAUAUUUCAUCGGCGCCUCAGGCUAGUGUCACGGACGAAUGGGGUGAGAGAUCGGAUGCUGGUUUGGAACCGGAACCGACAAAAUUGGCCGACUCGGAUCCUCCCAAGGAUGAGGACGAGUGGGAGGAGCAGUAUGUUGACAUGGGUAAUGGUACUCCUGCACAAGGGUCUAUUACGGGAGAGAGUGUUGAAUCUGUUGAUGAUACGGUGUGGGAUUUGAAGAGGUGCUUGGUGGAUACGGUUUAUGGGACGGAGCUUGGGUUUCGGGCUGGCUUAGAGGUGCGUGCUGAGGUUUUGGAGCUGGUUAAUCAGUUGGAGGUACGCAACCGGACUCCGGCUCCGGUGGAGACACCGCAGCUUCUUGAUGGCAAAUGGGUUCUGCUGUAUACUGCAUUUUCUGAGCUGUUGCCUCUUCUAGCAGCUGGUUCAAUCCCAUUGUUAAAAGUGGAAAGUAUAUCCCAAGCUAUUGACUCCAGCAAUCUCACAAUUGUGAACUCCAUCACAUUUUCCAGUCCUUUUGCAACAUUCUCUUUCAGUGCAUCUGCUGCAUUUGAAGUCAGAAGCCCCACUAGAGUACAGGUGGAGUUUAAGGAAGGUACCCUAGAUCCGCCGGAGAUCAAACCAACCGUUGACCUACCAGAAGAUGUUGAUGUUUUUGGACAGAAAAUCAGUUUGUCACCAGUGCAGCAAUCUCUUAGACCUGUGCAGGAUGUGGUGGCAAAUAUUUCGAGAGCCAUUUCUGGUCAGCCACCUCUAAAGCUUCCAAUUCCUGGGAGCCAGACAAAGUCCUGGCUUCUUAUUACAUAUCUUGACGAAGAUCUUCGUAUCUCAAGAGGAGAUGGUGGUCUCUUUGUGCUUGUUAAAGAAGGGAGCCCGCUUCUAUCACAGUAGUGAUUCUCAGGUACAUUAAAACCCAGGGAUGUCCAUGGAGAACAUUCAUAUACACAAGGUUUUUGCCCAUUUUCUCACUUUUCUUUCUCUUUUGAUUUUUGCCUGCUCAAAAGGAAAUCUGAAUUGGCUCCAUUGUGUACGUUAACAUUCAGUUUGGAUAUGUAAGUGCUAUUUUACCACCGUGGCUUUGCAACUUGAUAAUUCCAACUUCAAAGAUAUGUAAUAGCUAUUUAGUGGUAGUUGUUUUUUUAUUUUUAUUUUUAUUCAGUUCCUUGUUUUGCAUCCUAAAUUAUUGCUACUUGAUAAUUAUCAAUUAUUUUUUUAUCAACAAUAAAAGAAGUUUGAAAUU